GCAACGCAUUCCAUGCCCGCGAAAGGCCUCAUCCGUCGCGCCUUGGAUUGCCCUGUAUCUUAUCUCUCUCAUCAUCCCGCUCUCUUCUAUUCCCACUUGGGCUGCCAUUGACCCUUGAUUUCCCUGCGUAUUGUUUUCGCAGCGUUUCAGCCUUAGCCGCGGCUCUGCGUCGACAUUUUGUUCAAUCAACUUCGCCCUUGUUACUCGUCGGGUAGGGGGCCACUAUCAUCAACCCAUCACGAACCCUUGAGCAGGAGCAGCUUUCUGAAUCACGACCGCGACUCUCCUCUCUCUCAACCCUCGUGGUAUUAAUUCGACUUCGCGUCUGUCGCACAUCAGCUGUCAAGUCCGACCCCUGCUUUACUAUAGCAACUCCAUCACCAGUUUCAGUGCCGACCUAAUGGCGAACCAUCACGCGUCGCCGACCAUGAUGCAAAUGCAACAGCAUCAGGGCCAGGUGCCGCCGCCCCCUCCGCCGCCGCCUCAGUUUGCGCCAUCACAUCAGAUCGCGGCCAUGAAUGAGGCUGUUUGGUUGCAAAUAGGGAGCUAUGCGGAGGUUUUGCGCAAUCCAGAUGAAGCCAUGCACGCUUACGAGCGCGCUCUUCAGGCCAACCCCAACUCAACCCAGGCCAUGAACGCAAUUGGCCUCCUCUACAAGACCCGCGAAGCUUUCGAGAAGGCGCUUGAGUUCUUCCGCGCCAUCGUUCAGCUUGAACCCAACAACGGCGAAGCUUGGGGAAACUUGGGGCACUGUUAUUUAAUGACAGAAAAUCUGCAAAAGGCCUACGAUGCAUACCAACAGGCGUUGGUUAACUUGAGAGACCCUAAGGAUCCUAUGUUGUGGUAUGGUAUUGGUAUACUGUACGAUCGAUAUGGCAGCUACGAUUACGCCGAAGAAGCGUUCUCUCAAGUUAUGAACAUACAGCCUGAUUUCGAGAAAGCAAAUGAGAUCUACUUCCGACUCGGUAUAAUAUACAAACAACAGAACAAGUGGGUUCAGAGUCUUGAGUGUUUCAAAUACAUUGUCAAUUCUCCUCCCGGUCCCUUGACGCAGGAAGACAUUUGGUUCCAGAUUGGUCAUGUCCAUGAGCAGCAGAAGGAUUUCGAUAGCGCUAAGGCCGCCUACCAACGUGUCCUGGACCAUUCACCCAACCAUGCUAAGGUUCUUCAGCAGCUUGGUUGGCUGCAUCACCAGCAGAGCAACACGUAUGAGAGCCAAGAUAGAGCCAUCCAAUAUUUAGAGAAGUCGGUCGGCGCAGACAAUCAGGAUGCCCAGAGUUGGUAUCUCUUGGGCCGAUGCUAUAUGUCGCAGCAGAAGUACCCAAAGGCUUAUGAGGCUUACCAACAAGCUGUUUAUAGAGAUGGAAAGAACCCAACUUUCUGGUGCUCCAUCGGUGUGCUUUACUAUCAAAUCAACCAGUACAGAGACGCACUUGACGCUUAUUCUCGCGCUAUCAGGCUGAAUCCUUAUAUUUCAGAAGUUUGGUAUGAUCUGGGAACUUUGUACGAAAGCUGCAACAACCAAAUUACGGAUGCUCUAGAUGCUUACCAGCGUGCUGCUGAGCUUGACCCCAACAACCCCCAUAUCAAGGCGAGACUUCAGCUCCUUCGCUCUGGUGGUACCAAUGGGGGACCUCCCCCUGCUCCUCAGCCUGCAGAUGUUCACCCGCAAGCUUACCAGGCGGCUGGCCCUGUUGGACCACAAUGGGGAGGAUCAACUCAACAGCCGCCUGCUGCCGGUCCUCCACCACCCCCUCAAGGUCCAGGAGAGAACUGGGCGGGCAGACUGUCUAACAUCAACCCUCCACCACAACCCCCCAAUCCCUAUGAAGCCCGAGGCGAGCCUUUCCGUGGAGGACCUGCGCCACCUCUGCGACAACCUAGCCCUCAGCAAGAGCAGUUGCGCCAGCCCUAUAACGAUCCCAACCGAGGCGGCCCUCGCCGUGGUCAAACACCUCCUCCUCCCGGCCACCAAUACUCUCAACCACCGCACGCUCCUCCACAAUCCCAGCCUUCUGCUCCUGCUUCUGAGCGACGAGUCGCAAAUCCUAAUUGGGGUGGAGCAACACCGUCAGCAUCAGCACCCCCACCCAGCAACAUUAACGGCCCCAACGGUCCUAACGGCAUGGCUCCCUUUCGACCUACCAACAGCCCUCGACCUGAUGGCCGCCCUGUUCAUGACAACCGCAUGCCUUCACCAAAAUCCGCAUACCCUCAGCACCAGGCCCCUCCUCUGUAUCCUCAACAUCCUGAGAUGGCUGCUCAGGGAACUGAGAAUGGACCAUCUGGACCGCCAGGACCUCCUCCUCCCCCUGCGGUGGCGGAGGCUGCCAUGCAGAGAAUGGAUGACCGACCACCUUCAGUCGGCCCCAAGCGCAUGCGAGAGUGGGAAGAAGAAUCUGCUGCCAAAAAGCAAGCCAGUGAGGAAAACCGAGUUCGACUCGAUGACAUGCGUCAUCGAAGACCGUCUACUCCUCCUCGUGAUAACUAUCGUCGUAACUCUUCCGAAAUUCGACGGGCUGAGGAUACUCGUCGACCUGAUGAACCGCGCCGCGAGGAACCUCGCAGACCCGAAUCAGCCCCUCGCCAUGCCACUGAGAGCUAUCAUCCCUCAGAAGCAGCCCACCACCCCCCGAGCCACGCCUCUGGUCCAAGCCACUUACCACCAAUGCAGCAGCCACCUACUCCGAUGUCUGGCGUUGUUCACGAGAAGCCACCAGUAUCUGCUACACCCAAAGAAGAUCGUCCCCCAAGUCUGGAACAUGCUCCGCCUCCUCCUCGCGCAGCGCCCCCUGCCGAGCCUGAAAGGGCAGCAAGAAAGAUGGACGUUGAUGAGGACUACGAUGACAGUGGGGAAGACGAGAAGAAAGCGACUAUUGUCACAAAUGGCUCUGGUCCUGGCUCGGCAGCUGGAGAUGCCAAGACAUCCACUCCCGCGAAUGCUGGUGUAAACGGAGUUUCUGGUACCGUCACAAAAGUUGAAUGAAUGAUAAUUUGACAGCUGCUUGUUAUUUAUGAGUUGAAGACAUCUCUUAUCUGUGCCGAUUAGUCUGCCUUUUUGUAUACCACUAUUAUCUGGGGCCUGGUUUCUUUUGUUUGGACGGGGAGGCUCAAGACAGAAAUUCAAAACCGGGGGUUAUGGUCCUUCUUGGCUACGAUUUCACCGGCGAACAAGAUUAUUAUGCACAUUAAUUUCCUUACUCUGAUCAAUAAAACUGAGUUGUAUCUA